AGUGGCAACCACUGUUUGUUGACGGAAGUGAAAAAUCAACAUUGCCAUGUGCUGAUGAUCUCUUACGAUAUCCAUGGACAAAUUCCUCACCCGAUCUUCCCGCAAACGUCCUGGCGAGGAAUAUCAAUCUAAAGAUAAACUUGCAGUUAGCAAGUUGACGAGAACCGGACACAGUUCAGAGAAAAUCAAGGAAGAAGGAGAAAUAGAAGCGAGUUUGAAUUCUUCCGAUUUCGUCACUAAAAUUAAAGCUGAACUGUCUCCAAAAACUGAGCGCUCCACCACCUGCACUGACACUGUUAAAUGCCCUGGUGAACACGAAGAAGCAUUGGCUCUAUCUGUCAAGAAAGAGGAUCCACUGAGCUGGAGGAAAAUAAAGGCUGAGAAUCUGGACCUGGACUAUUGCAAACUUUACGGACAAAGACAAGCAGAUAAACUUUUCAUUCGAUGCGAGAAGGAACUAGAAUACAAUACUGGGCAGCUUGGAAAGGUGAAGAUAUUUGGCCAGUGGCAUGACAUCCCAAGAAAACAAGUAGCCCAUGGAGAGAGAGGUUUAAACUACACCUUUUCAGGCAAUACUAUUCCAGCAAGACCAUGGACACCCCUCCUCCUUGACAUAAAGGAUCGAAUCUCCAGAGUUACUGGACAUGAAUAUAACUUUGUGUUGAUUAAUAGGUACAAUGAUGGGAAAGACCACAUGGGAGAACAUCGCGAUGAUGAAAAAGAUCUGGUUAAGACGGCACCAAUUGCAUCACUAACCCUUGGCCAAUCACGCGACUUUAUCUUCAAACAUUGCGAAGCACGUGGAAAGAAUGCCGAACGGAAGAUUGAUCCUGUAAAAGUUGUGCUUGAACACGGUUGUCUAUUAAUGAUGAAUCAUCCUACAAAUACUUAUUGGUAUCAUGCGCUACCUGUCCGCAAGGGCGUAAAGAAUGUUCGGAUUAACAUGACAUUUAGGAAAAUGGCUAUUGAUUGACUGGAUUCUUACAUUUGCAUUUUCAAUUGUUGAAAUAUUGAAGAGUAAAAUUGAGCGAUGUUCCUGCAGACGUUUUGUACAAGAUGAAAUGAAAUCACCUGCUGAAGUAAACUUGACUAUAUUUCUAGUGAAUUUCCCUUUGGCUCAGUUAUUGACAUGAUCACAGGGGAACAGGCCUAAGAGAAGCAAAUGUUUGCUGAGUUAAUGCCUGUACUUUUGGGUCUCAAGGAAGUAUAUUCUUGAAUGGACACUGCCCAUCAUUAUGUUGUUUUCACCUGAGAACCCGAGAUAAGGUUUCAUUUGAUUUGUAAAGAUGGUUUUAUACCAGGGCAGGCCAAAGAUCACUCACACAGAGUAUAUACAUGUAUGAAACCAAAAUGUACUGCCAACUAAAAUCCUUCAAAAACUGAAAUUGACCGGAACCUGAAGGCCAAUACAAGCCUGAUUACAAACAAGGACGAUAUGCACUAUCCAUGAUAAUCACGCAAAGAAGAGUUGUGCAAACUGUAUGAAACAAC